GAUAUUUCGACUGUCUUAUACAAUGAGAGAUUAGGAAUUGAGCUUUUAAAAAUGCAUUUGAAACAAUUAUGUUUGCUGUUUACCGUUUUGGGGGUAGUUGCAUCGACACCCCGUUUCGUGUCGCCCAGCGUCAGAACUUACUGCCCCAAUGUUACAGUGGCCACUAAUUUUACAAUGAACGAUUUGGUCGGUACGUGGUAUGAAGUCAGUCGAACCCCAAACCAAUGGGAACUUGGCAAAUGCACGAGAGUUCAUCAUAUUCUUUCAGAAAAUGGUACCGAGAUUAGUUUGCACUGGGAGCAAUUAGUUCCGAAUAGAUGGGAAUUAGAAUACAGCUAUGCUCUUAGCAUUGCCAGGCAUAUUCCAGGCCUACCCUCGGCAAAUCUUCUGCUACAGUUCAUACAACAAGGUGCUUACCCCAUGCCUUAUACCAUACUAGACAUUGUUCCAGGAUCCUACUAUGUGGCGCAUACUUGCUACGCAUUCCCAUAUCGUUGGUAUCCAGGCGGAUUUUUGUAUGUGGAAAUGGCAUGGGUAAUGAGCCGAACUCCCUACAUGAACCCGAUAUCUCGCGAAUUGCGUCGGUUAACCCUGGAACAGUCAGGAGUCAUCACAAGUUGGAUGAAAAAUGUUGAUCAGAAUAAUUGUGCCGCUGCUUAUCGAGAGUUGGGGAAUAACACCUUCCUCGCAACAAAUGGCGAUCGCCGAAAAACUGCAUAAGGCGCUAAUGUAUCGUUUAAAUGCUGUACAGUGUUUGUGGGCAGAAAUAUUGUGUAUCUUUAAUGCAUUUUCAUUAAAUGUAUUUUUCAUUCAUA